AUGCAGUUCCGACUACUCUACACACUGUUCAAAGAUUCCAUCUCAUCGACGCAUCUAUGCCGAAAACGUGACGACCUCAAAUUCUAUGCUAUACGAAUUUUGAACAAGGAGCGCCUUCAAAUUCGUAGUCCUCAUGAUCACAUCCAACUUCAAAUGGAAAUUUGCCAGGAAAUUCGCGAACUGCGGUCUUCUUUCCUCUCGCCAUUCAUCUGGAUCCACGAGGAUGGCCUUGAAAUUCAUUCCAUCGCGGAGUUUUACCCUAAUGGUAGUCUCCAGGAUUUGCUCGACCGCGACACGAGCCUCAGCGAAAGCCACGCCCUGCGCAUAGCUUGCGAAAUAGUAGAGGCGCUGGACACGCUUCAUACUGCUGGCAUAAUUCAUCGCGAUCUGGCACCAUGUAAUAUCAUGUUCGACACGUCAGAACAUGUGGUUAUUACGGGGUUUGGUCAAGCAUGCAGACCUGAUUCAGCAGCCUCUUUCCCGUUGCCUGAUACUGGUUUGUAUUGUGCUCCUGAACUCAUCCUAGGGUGGGCGCAUGAUUUUAGUGUUGACUGUUGGAGCUUUGGCCUGCUGAUAUACAUGAUGCUUUUCGGAUCUCACCCAUACGUUGCCGACAACGACAAUGACAAUGCUGCCAUUCUGCAAACCAAGGUCCUUCACUGCCCGCUGAUAAUUCCCCAGACAGUGUCAGUAUCAUGGGCAGCGCAAGAUCUUUUGGUCAAAUGUUUGGAGCGCAAUGCAGCCCUUCGCUUGGACAUCAAACAGAUUAGGGCGCAUACAUACUUCUGCACUGUGUGA